AUGAGCGAAGUCCUAGUAAUAACCUGCCCCGGCGGCAAGCAAUGCUCCCGGCUCAUCCCUCUCCUGUACAACAAGGGCAAAUUCCAGCUCCGUCUAGCUGCACACUCUUCAGCCUCCGCUCUCAAGCUCAAAGCCCAAUACCCAAACGCCGAGGUCGUGUCUGCAGACCUCCAGUCCCUCUCCGACUGCCGGCAGCUCCUCCACGGCGCCACAGCCAUCAACGCCGUGCUGCCGAGUCUGCACUCCCACGAGAAAGAGAUCGGCUUCAACCUGAUUGACGCAGCUGUUGCCGAGUCCCGGCGGGAGGGAAACGUGUUCCGGCACUUCGUCUUCUCGAGCGUCCUAGGUACCCAGCACCGCAAUCUCCUGCAGCACGAUCUGAAGAGUUACGUUGAGGAACGCCUGUUUCUGAGUCCGUUGGACUGUUGGACGAUUCUCAAGCCGACGAAUUUCCUAGACGCAUACCCCGUCGCCGCACUGGCAGCACAGGAAACGCCCGUGCUGGAAAAAUGGUGGAAACCAGAACACGAGAACAGCGUGAUCGCUCUGGCUGAUCUGGCCGAGGCGUCGGCCAAGGUAUUGAAUGAGAGAGAAAGGCAUUUUCUGGCCGAAUACCCCCUGUGCUCGACCAUGCCCAUCUCCGAGACGGAGAUUAUUGAAAUCAUCGAGAGGCGCAUUGGGAAGAAGAUCGAGCUCAGGACACCUUCUUUUGAGACGGGCGUUAAUAAGCUCAUUAGGGCUUUGUAUGGCGGGGAGGAGAAGGGGCAUGGAGAGCUGGGCCUGGGGCUGGCCAGUGAGGGUGAUUUACGCGGUGAUCUUGAUGAGGCUGGCUAUAAAUCAGACUUGUAUAUUUACACCCCUUCAUUCCACAGACAGCCAGCUUCCGAGCAACAUCCAGACACGAAAUCUCAACUCUUCCAUAACACCCUUGACCCAGCAUUCAACAUGGUCACUUCAACCUCUAACACCAAAUCCGAGAGCCUUACGCUGGUCUUUGGGCCUCAAGAUCCUAACCUCGACAAUACAUUCUUGCAGACGCUCCGGACGACUCUGCUCGAAACACCCGAGCUCCAGUGGAUCGUAGACACCUUGACACAAUUGCCGCAGGAAUGGCAAAAGAUUGCAGAUGCCCACCCAGAGCUCGGAGCAUUCCAGGGUGAGAGAUAUCUGGACUUGCUAGACAAAUGGGUUAGAAGAGGCAUAUUACCCUCGAAUCUGUUUCCACUCCCCAACAUCCUCGUUACCCCGUUGGUCGUGACGACGCAAUUGGCACAGUACACGAAAUUUGUAACACAGAUCAACCCGGGAAUUUCAUCGAACGACAGCCUUCAAGGGGCUCUGAAGCUUGACACAGAGACGGUGGGUCUCUGCACUGGACUCAUAAGUUCAGCUGCGGUGGCUAGCUCCGCGAGUCUGGGAGAGCUGCAGAAGCAUGGCGCAACCGCUAUUCGAAUCGCCACCGCCAUCGGAGCGUUGGUCGACGCAGGAGAUUCAGACCACGAAGACGGAGACAGAUGGCAGUCGUUGGCCGUUGGGUGGACGGCUCAUGCCCUGGAGAGUGGGUUGGACAGCAUUGUGGACAGUUUCCCAGAGGCAUAUGUGUCGGUCAUUUCCGAAGCCCGUCUCGCCACUCUCACCGUGCUAAAGACUGACGCCCCUGAACUGUUGGAGAAGCUAAAAGAUGCUGGCUUCAUCUUCACGAAGACUGCCUUGCGUGGGCCCUUCCAUUGCGGCAAGCGCAAGAGCCAGGCGGCUUCCCUCUUGCAACUCUUCGACUCAGACCCAUCCUUCCAAUUCCCACACGCUUCUCAGCUCGCCUUUGCCACGCAAUCUGCUGAUGGUGGCAUAUUCCAACUUGAAGACAAACUUCACCAUGCGGCUGCCCGAGCAAUGUUGACCGACAAGGCAGAUUGGCACAAGCUUUUUACAGCACUGCAUGAGUCGACUUCGACUCGCCCAUCUCUUACUAUCUGCUUCGGAAGCCAGCGCUUUGUGCCUCAGUGGUUCCUCCGCAAACUUGGCCCGAAACUGGCGUAUGCUGCCGAUAUCGACUUUGAGUCGGCCCAAUUAUCCCCAGCGCUGGGUGCUCUAUUAGGACCCAUUGAGGAUGACGCCAUUGCCGUCGUUGGCAUGGCAUGUCACUUCCCUGGCGGAAGCGACCUGGACGAGUUCUGGGACACCAUAUGCGCGGCCAAAUCGCAGUGCACUGAGGUGCCUUCAGACCGCAUUAAUUUUGAUUACGCUGCCUGGCGCGAGAACGAUAAGAAGAGAAAGUGGUUUGGUAACUUUGUCCGUGACCAGGAUGCCUUCGACCAUAAGUUCUUCCAGAAGAGUCCACGAGAAACGGUGUCAAGCGACCCCCAACAUCGAAUGAUGCUUCAGGUGGCCUACCAGGCUGUGCAGCAGUCCGGAUACUUCAACAAAGCAGCCAUUGACCAACACGUUGGUUGCUACGUGGGUAUCGGAGUGGCUGACUAUGAGAACAAUGUUGCAUGUCACACACCCACUGCGUAUACCGCGACGGGCAACCUCAAGUCCUUCGCUGCCGGAAAGAUCAGCCACUUCUUUGGCUGGAGUGGUCCUGGUGUUACCAUUGACACGGCCUGCUCGUCGUCGGCCCUGGCUGUUCAUCAUGCCUGCAACGCUAUCCUGAACGGCGAAUGCCAUGCUGCUCUUGCUGGUGGUGUCAACGUUAUGACUAGCCCAGAGUGGUACCAGAACCUUGAUGGUGCCUCUUUUCUCAGCCCUACCGGACAGUGUAAGCCGUUUGAUGAGGCCGCUGAUGGCUACUGCAGAGGAGAAGGAGCUGGCGCGGUUUUCUUAAAGAAGCUAUCCGCCGCGAUUGAAGAUGGCGAUCAGGUUCUAGGUGUUAUCAGGGGAUCUGCUGUGAAUCAAAACGCAAACUGCUCGGCUAUCACCGCCCCAAGUGUCCAAUCCCUCACCAGUGUGUUCAACGGCGUUCUGCGAAAGGCGAGACUGGACCCCAAGCAGAUCUCCGUUGUUGAGGCGCACGGUACCGGUACACAGGUCGGUGAUCGCGCAGAGUACGACAGUGUUCGCAGGGUGUUGGGAGGACAGGGUCGCGCGGAGCCUGUUUCCCUGGGCUCGGUAAAGGGCCUUAUCGGCCAUUUGGAGUGUGCUUCCGGUGUGGCUGCUUUGAUCAAAGUGCUUUUGAUGAUUCAAAACGGCGCAAUUCCCCCGCAGUCCAGCUUCCAAACGAUCAGCUCCAAACUGAAUGCAUCACCGUUGGAUAAUAUCGAGAUCGCCACAAGUUUGAGGUCGUGGGCGACAGACUUUCGGGCGGCGCUCCUCAACAACUACGGCGCCUCUGGCUCGAACGCGUCGCUUGUCAUCACACAGGCGGAUCAUGUUCAGCUUGAAGGUGAAAGCCGUAGUGUGAGAGAGGCAGUUGCCGGCAAGCGUCCCUUCUGGUUCUCUGGCAUAGACGAUCAGUCCUUGCGCUCGUACGCUGCAAAGUUGGUUCGAUUCCUCCAAUCGAGGAAGUCCAAUGACAACCGCUUCACUAUUGAUAAUCUGUCUUACCAAUUGGCGCAGCAGUCGAACCGCUCGCUCGGGCAGUCGCUCAUCUUUAGCUGCGCGUCCGUUGACGAGCUCGAAGUGAAACUCGCCAGCUUCGCAGAUGGACGGGGCGAGCUGACCUCCGCGCAACGACAACAGUCGUCUCGUCCAGUCAUUCUGUGCUUUGGUGGCCAAAGGUCUAAAUUCGUCGGCCUAGACCGUGAAGCCUACGAUCAAUUCAAACCGCUCCGCACUUACCUCAACCAAUGCCACGAGAUAUGUCUAUCUCUCGGUCUUGAAGGAAUCCUUCCAGCCAUUUUUGAGCGGACUCCCAGGCGUAGCAUUGUCGAGUUGCAGACCAUGCAGUUCGCUCUGCAGUACGCAUGCGCCAAGAGUUGGAUUGACAGUGGUGUCCAAGUCACCGCGCUGGUUGGCCACAGCUUCGGGGAACUCACCGCGAUGUGCGUUUCUGGAACGCUCUCGGUUAAGGACACAUUAAGAAUGAUUGCUGGGCGUGCUCGUCUGCUUGAGAUGAACUGGGGUCCGGACCGUGGCUCCAUGAUGGCCGUCGAUGGUGAUUUAGAGAGCGUUCAAAAGCUGUUGCGCGAGACCAACGCCGCACAAACGACGGAGCCACCUGUCAAUAUCGCCUGCUUCAACGGUCCCCGUCAAUUCACCAUAGCGGGAACAUCGAAGGCCAUGGAGGUCGUUAAGCAGACUCUCUCGAGCGACCCAUCUUUCUCGUCAAUUAAAGUGAAGCAGCUAGAUAUCACCCACGCCUUCCACUCCGCACUCGUGGAUCCUCUAGUCCCCGAACUCGAGAAGCUUGGGGAGGGUUUGAUCUUCCGUAACCCAGCCAUUCCCCACGAGAGAGCCACUCAGGAGGCAAUCAGUGGCCCUCCAGCUUUCAAUGUCUUUGCCUCCCAUAUGAGGGACCCCGUGUACUUUGACCGAGCAGUCCAGCGGUUGGCCCAGAAAUACCCCGCCAGCAUCUGGCUUGAAGCAGGCUCCGGCUCGGGUGUCACAGCACUGGCAAGUAGAGCGGCAGGAUCCCACGGUAUGGCCUUCCAAUCGAUCAACAUCACCAGCUCUGGAGCUGUGCAGAAUAUGGCAGAUGCUACGGUGAAUUUAUGGAAGGAGGGUAUGAACGUGUCUUUCUGGGAACAUAUCGGACAGACGUCAUCUCAUUCCCUUCUCCUCCUGCCACCGUACCAGUUUGCCAAAUCGAGACACUGGCUAGAGCGCCGGAAGCCGGAAGUUAAGGAGGCAGCACCUGUGGCUUCUUUGCCGAAGUCGCCGGAUGGACUCUGGUCAUUCAUGGGCUUCCAGGAUAGUGGUAACACUCACGCCCGCUUCCAGAUUCAUGCCACCUCGGAUGAGUUCAAGAAAUAUGUCGGUGCUCAUCUCGUCGCACAAACAGCACCAAUUUGCCCUAGCAUGCUUCAACAUGUUAUGGCCAGGGAGGCACUAGCGAGCCUACUGGAAGACUCGGAUAUGAUUCCCGAGCUUGAGAAUAUGGAGAACGAUGCACCGCUGUGCCUUGACGAGUCUAAGUUUGUCUGGCUUGAUGCGGACAGAACUGAUAGUGAAUCGACUAGCUGGGACUUCCGCAUCACCAGUGUAGACAACGACAAUGCAAGAGACAACGCGACCCAGCAUGUUUCAGGGCGGCUGUUGUUCCGCUCUCCAUGUGAUGCCUCAAAGAUCUUUACAACAUGUGAACGCCUGGUAGAUCGACGACGUGCUCUUGCGCUGCUUGAUGGACAGGAGGCGGAUCAGGUGAUUCAAGGCAGCCGUAACAUCUACAAGGUCUUUGCACCCGUUGUGCAGUACAAUGACGAUGCCUAUAAGGGCUUGCAAAAGAUCGCCGCUACUAGGAACGAGUCAGCGGGUCGCAUCGUCAUGCAAGACGCAGCACAAACUAUUCUCAGCGUGGGGCUCGCAGACACCUUCUGUCAAGUAGCUGGUAUCUAUUUGAACUGCAUGGCCGAGUGUGAGGACGGCAAGAUGUACCUAUCGAACCGUGUUGAAAGGUGGAUCCGCUCCCCAGACGUCCCACUGGACUCGCGACCGGAACAAUGGGAGGUGUACGCGAUUCAUAAUCACCCCUCUCCCAAGGAAUAUGUAAGCGAUUUGUUCGCCUUCGACGCGGCUACCGGCCAGCUGGUAUGGGUCAUACUUGGCCUUCAUUUCGUUGAGGUGUCCAUCGCCGGCAUGUCUCGUCUCCUCGGACGCUUUGCUGGCGUCCAGCCUGCACAGCAAGCGCCAGCUCCAGCUCCGGAGCCCCUUCCAGCGCUACCCGCUAUUGCCUCCCCUCCUGCAAAGACACCUGCGAACAAGUCCAAGCCCAAGACCUUUACCAGCUCAGCAGCACCACAGAGGCCACAGGCAAAGCCGAAGAAGGCUCCUGGACGUGAUGUCUUGGACGGUGUCCGGGAUCUAUUCUGUAACUUGCUUGGUCUCGAACCGGAGGAUAUCCAACCUGGUUCAGAUCUCGUGGAGCUGGGCAUCGACUCGUUGCUAGCCAUGGAGGUUGCUCGCGAGGUGGAGAAGGCGUUCAGCAUCAAGUUCGAACUCGAAGAGCUCAUGCAAAUGACCGAUGUUCGGAGCUUAGUGAACUGCAUUCAAGCCAACAUGGGUGCAUCUGACUCCUCCGCGACAGAUGAAGAUCUGAGCGAUGACUUCGAAGAGAUUUCAGGAGAUAGCGGCAUCCAAACUCCGCCGAGUGAGCCUGCUGAAGAUGUGAAAAGUGCCAUUAUCGGCGGUGCGCUGAGUACUGGAAAACUGCCUGCUGAAUUCAUCAUCGAUGCUUUUACUGAAACCAAGCUUCUGACCGAUCAGUUUAUCGCGCAAAAUAACUUGUCUGGCUAUUCCAGUUACGUCCAGCCAAAGCUGACUGAACUAGUCGUGGCGCACACACUCGACGCCUUUGAGCAAUUGGGCUGCUCCCUUCAGUCUGCGCAAGCGGGUCAGACCAUCAAGCGCAUCCCCCAUCUUCCCAAGCAUGACAAGGUCAUGGCUGUUUUGACUGGUCUAUUGGAGAAGGCUCGCCUGGUCGACUUGGAUGGCUUGACAAUGACUCGCACAGCUGUACCUUUGCCAACCAAGUCCGCUCUGCAGCUGCUCCAAGAACUCCUGCGCGAAUAUCCCGAGCAUUCCUAUGAUCACAAGCUCACUAGUCUGACCGGAUCAAGACUCGCAGACUGCCUGAGUGGUAAAACAGAAGCCAUUCAGCUGCUCUUUGGCAGCGCCGAAGGACGUGAGCUUGCUGCCGGUAUGUACGGAAAAUCACCAAUCAAUGUGGCCUGGCUUCGUCAGCUCCAGCAUUUCUGGCAGCGCUUCAUAGCCCAGCUCCCACAACAGCAACAGGAGCCGAUUAAUAUCUUGGAAAUGGGAGCCGGAACGGGCGGCACCACGGCAGCUCUGUUACCACUGCUCGCCAGCUCUGGUGUCCCCGUCCGCUAUACCGCCACCGACAUCUCACCUUCACUGGUGGCAGGCCUCCGGAAACGUUUCAAGAACUACCCCUGGAUGAGCUUCGAGGUUAUUGAUAUCGAGAAAGCCCCACCCACCAAGCUUCUCGAAACCCAGCACGUGGUCCUGGCAACGAACUGUGUACACGCUACUCACAGUCUGGCGGUGACCACCAAGAACAUCCACAGAAUCCUUCGUCCCGACGGCUUCCUCAUCAUGCUGGAAAUGACCGAGGCCGUGCCAUGGGUCGAUUCAGUGUUUGGACUGGUAGAAGGCUGGUGGCUGUUCAAUGACGGCCGCACCCAUGCCCUCGCUCAGCCCGACCUCUGGCAGCGGACAUUGCGUGCCAACGGAUACGGCCAUGUCGACUGGUCCGAUGGCCAGCUCCCCGAGAAUUCGAUCCAGCGCAUUAUCAUCGCUCUUGCGUCUCCCCAAAGCCAAAACUUGGUAUCUAUAUGUCCCCCAGCUCCUUCGAUCUCCACGGCUGACUUUGCUGCGCGUCAAGUGGUAGUGGACUCCUUAGUCCAGAAACACACCCUCGACUUUACCGCCCCUACCUCGCUCUCAACAUCCCAAACAAAUAAUGAUUCCUUUCGCUGUGUGCUGGUGACCGGUGCCACCGGCAGUCUCGGAUCUCAUCUGGUUGCCCAUUUCGCCGCACAACCAGACGUUCGCAAAGUCAUCUGUCUAAACCGAGUGAGUGGCUCAGACGCGACAACUCGCCAACUUGAGGCGCUGCAGUCAAGGGGCUUGGAGCUCCAUCAAAAUCUCGUGUCGAAAGUAGAAGCAAUUGAAACCAACUCCUCAGCGCCCAUGCUCGGGCUUUCCGUCACCAAGUAUCAGCAUUUAGUCAAUUGUGUCACUGACGUCGUCCACAACGCAUGGGCCAUGAGCAUGACCCGCCCAGCGCGUGGCUUCGAGCCCCAAUUCAAGGCCAUUCGCAAUUUGAUCGAUCUUUGCCGCGACGCUGCCUGUCAACGGCGACCGGGUAUGCAGAAAAUCGGGUUCCAAUUCGUCUCCUCCGUGUCCGUUGUGGGCUGUCACCCUUUCCUGGCCAACAAGGCUCGGGUCCCAGAGCAGAGAGUCGACGUAGCCUCUGCCCUGCCGAUGGGGUACGCAGACGCCAAGCUCAUCUGUGAGAAGAUGCUGGAUGAGACGCUGCACAGACAUCCAGAGCACUUCCGCACCAUGUCCGUGAGGGUCGGGCAAAUCUCCGGCUCCAAGGUCAACGGGUACUGGAAUCCGGUGGAGCACCUGGUACACUUGUUCAAGUCGUCGCAGUCCCUCGGCGUGCUCCCGGAUCUCGACGGUGUCUUGUCAUGGUGCCCAGUCAACGACGUAGCCGGCACACUUGGAGAUCUCUUACUAGGAGACGAACCUGCGUAUCCAAUCUACCACAUCGAGAAUCCCGUGAGACAGUCCUGGCCCGAGAUGAUCUCAAUCCUCUCCGAUGCAUUGGACAUUCCAUCAACCAAGAUCAUUCCAUACGAUGAAUGGCUCCAGCGUGUCCGUAGCUGUCCUCCCAACAUUGCGACAUCGGAGAACCCAGCGGUGCGGCUUAUCGACUUUUUUGAGACAGACUUUCUGCGCAUGUCCUGUGGGGGAAUGAUCCUCGAUACAACACACAGCAAGGAGCAUUCGGCGACGUUGAGAAGUUUGGGUCCGAUUGACCGCGAGCUGGUCAUGAAAUAUAUUCGGGCGUGGAAGGUUUCGGGGUUUUUGUUGUAA